AUGAACGAUGAUGGCCUGCGCCUGGGUUCAUUCGACGACGAUUGCUGGUCUGAGCUAUUUAUCGAUUGCGGCGGUCUCCUCGACGGCGCCGUCCCGCCGGCCGAUAUCUAUUGGGACCCUCAGCCGUCCACUCAAGAUGCUGUUUUGACAAUGGAUGCCCCACUUAGUAGAGCUGCAUCUCUAGUCAAUGAGUGUGCAGAAGAACAAGAAUGCCGAAAAAAGAGGGGCCGUAGCGAUCAAUGUGGUGGAGGAGGAACUAAAGCCUGUCGUGAGAGAAUGAGAAGAGAAAAAUUAAACGAGAGGUUCUCAGAAUUGUCUGCUGUUUUGGAACCUGGAAGACCAAUGAAAACCGACAAAUCAGCCUUACUUGGUGAUGCCAUCAGAGUUCUAAACCAAUUGAAAGCUGAAUCCCAGGAGUACAGAGAGACAAAUGAGAAGCUUUUGGAAGAGAUCAAAACUUUGAAGGCUGAGAAGAAUGAACUUCGUGAAGAGAAGCUCGUGCUCAAGGCAGAUAAAGAAAGGAUAGAACAACAACUGAAAACGCAAGCCCUACCUCCGAGUGGGUUCUUGCCAGCUCAUCCACCACCCAUAUAUUCUCAUAUGGCCGGGCCCAACAAGAUGCCCAUGUUCCCUGGUUACAGUUAUGUCCCCAUAUGGCAGUAUUUACCCCCGUCCGCUCGUGAUACAUCCCAAGAUCAUCACCUCAGGCCACCCGCUGCUUGA